GACAAGAUCUAAGGCAGUCUGCGGCCUCAAAUAUCUUGCAACUCUUAAUCUCAUUUUUAACCACAAUUUCCCGGAUUAUGGCAGCACUCGUUUUGGCGCUUUCUCUGAACUGAUUUUCCUGCUUUCCUCCAGCUCAAAACCUUCCUUCCCCCACCGCCCCCAAACCUAACAAAAUUGAAUUUCGAGAAAAAAAAAAUCAAUCUUUGCAGUUAACGAUGGACGAAGAUAGAAUAGUGCUCGUUUUGGCGAAGACCUCAGACUUAAGGUCCAAAAUUGUCAGCUGCAUUCAGAAUACAGCUUCUAAUGCAGACCGAGAAAGUGGAGAGAGUGUGUCCAAGGAAUCUGAAGCAAACCCAGAUGCAGAAAAUAGAGAAAACGAUGUUGAGGAGGAAGCUGAGGAGAGUCUCCUCAGUAUCAAAGAUGCUCUUGAAUCCCUUGAGGCGCAGCUGUCUUCUUUGCAGGCACUGCAGCAGCAACAGUGGUACGAAAAAGAAGCAGCCUUGGCUGAAAUCGGAUACUGCCAGCAGAAGUUGCUCAAAGAGCUGAAGGAAUACAAAGGCAAGGACUUGGAAGUCAUACACGAGGCCGUGGCUUUUGCCAGCGAAACUGAGGACAACAGCGAUCUCCUUCUUCCUCCAUAUCCAAGCCGGCCUUCUCAAUCCAUCGUGUCCAAAAACGGCUACCUCUCUACUUUCACCUCAUCUCGGAGAUCCUCUCAAAACGGGUUCACAAGUGGUGGCGCAAAACACCACCACAACAUCCCCAACAACUUCGACAAACCAGAGGCCGGGGGAGCAUUCAAGUCCGUCAGAGCCUUGUUAGGCACAGCAGCCAAGACGGCCAUAACCGUAGUCGGGGUGAUCACCAUCUUGAGCUUGGCGGGCUUCGAGGCGCGACUGGGGAAACGGGAUAACCAGUUCAAGUUCUCGGAUCUGUUUCAGCAGCGGCGGGAUGAGGAGAAGGGGAGUGGCGCGGAGUGCCCGCCGGGGAAGGUCCCCGUCGUCGAAAACGGGGAGACGAGGUGCGUUGUGAAAGAGAGAGUUGAAGUUCCAUUUGAAUCUGUUGUUUCUGCUCCAAAUGUGAGUUAUGGAUGUGAUGUGGUGAUUAUGUUUACCAAAGAAGAAGAAGGUCUAGUGGUGAAGUCAUGGAACUUGAUGAAGAAGGAUGCUGCCGAAUGGGGUCUCAAGUUUUUUCUCAAGAUAUUUGAGAUAGCCCCAUCAGCUCAAAAAAUAUUCCCAUUUCUGCGAGAUUCAAAUGUUCCGCUGGAGCAGAAUCCUAAGCUUAAGCCUCAUGCCAAAUCUGUAUUUGUCAUGACAUGUGAAGCUGCACUACAACUUAGGAAAGAAGGAAAAGUUGUGAUAAGAGAAUCCACCCUAACAAAAUUAGGGACUGUCCACUCCAAAUAUGGCGUCGUUGAUGAACAUUUUGAGGUGACGAAAUAUGCAUUGUUGGAGACUAUAGAAGAGGCAGUGGGAGAAAUUUGGUCACCAGAAAUGAAGAAGGCGUGGAGUGUGGCAUAUGAUCAUUUGGUUGCUGCCAUCAAGUCUCAUAUGAAUCCACAAUCAUGAAUUGAAUUCACUUCAUAAAUCAUUUAUUUCAAUCACACAUUUGGUUUAAUUUUGUCUGUUAUGGUUGUAUUGUGCAAAAUUAGUUACUAUGUCGAUUAUUGCGUUGUUAUUUGUUGAAUAAAAUGUGUUAUUUGAGUUAAAAA